AUGGAAUCUACUUCGAAGCCUCGAAUCCGCAAAGCUCCGCCGGUCUCCGCCCCAGCUCCCCGGAAAAGGCGUAGGAGGACGGUCAUAAGCCAAGCGGCUGAUGAUUGCUUUACUUGCGCCCGACAGGGUACUCCCUGCGACCGGCGUCGCCCAUAUUGUUCCCAGUGCCUGGACAGCGCCCGCAAUUGCGCGGGGUACAAGACAGCGUUGACAUGGGGCGUAGGAGUUGCCAGUCGAGGAAAGCUUCGAGGGUUGUCCCUCCCCGUGACCGGGGCCCAGCCUGCGGUCGCACCUCCGAAGUUUUCCCGUGUGACAGGGCCAGGGACAGCGUCGAAAUCCCAACCGGCUCUUGACACAGCCGCAGAAAAGCGACGCCAUGAUAAACAGCGUUCUUCAGGCACUGGGCUUGCCGAGCAUGGAUCUGUCUCGAUUUCAACUGCUUCACCGCGCCGGGCGUGCUCAACGGAGUACUAUACGGUGGAUUCCCAUGCUUCGCCAAAUUUUUAUAAUUCUUAUUCCUCACGUGCGACACGAACCGAUUCUCCGAGACAGUGCCAUGCCCCAUUGAUCUCAAAUCCUGAUCCGUCAAGGACCUGGAUGAGACCAGAACAAACACCAACACCAAUACAGUGUCCGUGGCCAGCUCAGGCUCCGAAACAGAACGAUAAUGCUUCAGAUGAGCAAAUGGAAGAACCCUGUUAUGAUGAGGUUUCACCACGUAUGAGUGCUUGCCAGCCGCCAUCAUUAUCUCAGCAGCUGCUGGCACGUUCCGUGGGACGUACACCUCGACUCCGAUACCUAAUCAGUUAUUAUGCCGAAGUCAUUGCUCCGAUGAUUGUGGCAUUUGAUAGUCCAACCAAUCCAUUUCGAACGUAUGUUCUUCGACUGGCGCAGGAAAGCACAUCGCUCCAAGAGGCCAUCGCUACAUUGGCCAGCUGUAAUCUGCGACAGCGACGCGAACGAGGAAUGAGGGCGACGGAGCGAACUUUGCCGGGGCGCAUGUCGUCCUUGGCCCACCAAGCCUUGACCGAUGGAGCAUUACAGGACCGGGCUGGUAUCAGUAUGCCUGAAGAAUAUGCCCAGGAAGAGCAGUACCAUCGAGGCAUGGCGGUCUCUGCUUUGAAUCGGGAAUUGGCCGACCCGCAUCAGAGACUUUCUGACUCUGUCCUGGCAACCUUACUCAUCCUCUGUCUAUUCCAUGGGUGUGAUACUGGGGUCGCUCAAUUCAAGACGCAGUUUGCGGGGGUGACAAAAUUGUUGGCCAUCCGACUGUGCAACUCACCUUGCAUGUCGGAUGAGCUGAAGUGGUUUGUUCGGAUGUUCACAUGGAUUGACACGAUGACCGCCACCACCAAUGACCGCGAGGUACAGCUUCGCGGUGCUUGUCUGGAUAUCACCGCCGCCUCGGAUGGCGAAUGGGGACUGGAAAAUCUGGCGGGAUGUGAUGCCGGACUUUUCAGAAUCGUAGCGCAGCUAGGUCGUUUGAACCUUCUGAGCCAAAAUCAAGAAGUCCGCACAUCGACGCCACCAGACAUCCAUAUGCCAUCCACUACUCUCCCGCCCUCGAUGGCGUUCUCCCCAUCGAACAUUCCAGCCACCUCGUCCGGUGCUUUUGCAUUUUCAUUGCCGCCGCCGCCUGGUGGUCGCAACGGAGCACAGCUGUCACCGGCGUUCUGGGCGGAAUGGUAUUCUCUCCGACAGAAGCUUGAGUCCUGGCGAUUUGUCCCCCACCGAUCGCAAUCGGGGUCGCCUCUCUUCACAUCCAGCCACGCCUACAUCUCGCCCCCUUCAUCACCGACAGACCAGCCGGUGGUCGCAACUCACAAUCUGAAGGACGUCAUACACAUCUCUGAGUCAUUCCGUCAUGCGGCGAUCUUGUACAGUGAACGACUCGCCUAUCCAGACCUACCGUCCGAUCACCCUCGUAUCCAAAACAUUGUGCAACACAUAAUGAGUCACAUUAUGACUGUCCAGUCUGACGCGUAUCUCCUGUGGCCACUAUUCAUCACCGGGUCUGAGUGCGUGCGUGCCGAUCAUCGCGCCAUUAUCCGCCAACGGUGCAAAGAUCUAUCCAGAGACUCUGGCUUCUUCAACAACCUCUCCUGCUUGCAGCUGCUGGAGAAGAUCUGGGCAGAGAACCCUGCUGCGGAUGGACUUCCUGCGGUCUCAUCCCUUGAUUUCGGCUUGCAGGCAGCCGCCAACGGGUCCGUGAGCGAGGUUACAUUUCUCCCGCCUGGAAGCUGGGCCUCCUCCCAGCAUGAGGCUUUCAUGUCUCCGACACUGCCCUCUGUCUCUCGGAAGCAGGGAUUCCGCUGGCACGAGGCGAUGCAAACCAAACGCGCGGAGGACGAAUAUAUGACUGUAUGA